AUGGCAAACAUCCAAAAGAGGCUGGAGCAGAUCCAGCAGGAGCAGCAGACAAUCCACGACAUCAACAAGGACAAGCUGAGCGAAAUCCUCUCCAUAGUCAGAGAAAAGAAGUACCAGGAUCCAUCCACAUACUAUCCGCCGUCCCUUCUUUCCAGGAUGCUUCCAAACUGCUAUCCAAGGGCGCCGAACGAGGGAAUCUUCAAGGUCAACAUAGAGGACAUGAAGAUGGAUAACCUGCAUGAAGAAACGCUCUUCUAUAUCUUCUAUUCGUUUCCAAACGACAGGCUGCAGAUCAAGGCGUACGACAACAUUCUCAAGAAAAAAUAUGUCUUCUGUAAAAUGUACAAGUGCUUUGUCACAUUCAACUCCCCAGCAACCGCCGACCAUGUCAAGAGAUCCAUUGUUAUGUUCGACCCAUUCAGCUGGUCGAAGGUGUCGCUAGAGGUCGUCUUUGAUGAGAAGUUCGUUCGGUCGCUAGAGAAGUGA